AUGACCACCAAAAUCGCCGCCGCACACCAGGUCCACCAAAUCUUGGCCGACUACGACUACUUCCUCUUCGACUGCGACGGCGUCAUCUGGUUGGGCGACCACAUCUUGCCCCAUGUGGUGGAAACGUUGGCGCUCUUGAAGAAACACAACAAGACCGUUUUUUUCGUGACAAACAACUCGUCCAAGGCACGUGACGACUACUUGGAGAAGUUCCAGAAACUCGGAAUCCCCGACGUCGACAAAACGGAGGUCUUUGGCUCCUCCUAUGCGCUGGCCGUCUAUGUCGAGAAGAUCUUGAAGCUUCCCAAGGACAAAAAGGUGUGGGUUUUGGGCGAGGCCGGUAUUGAGAAGGAGCUCCGCGCGUUGGGCUACACGACUUUGGGCGGCACUGAUCCGGCGCUUGUUGCUGAUGGGCUUAAGUUCGAUGCUAGCCAUCCGGCACUUACGCAGUUGGAUCCGGACGUGGGCGCUGUGGUGGCCGGUUUGUCGCUCAAUAUCAACUACUUGAAGCUUUCGGCCACGUUGCAGUACUUGCUCAAGGAUAACAAGACCAUUCCGUUCAUUGCUACCAACAUCGACCUGACGUUCCCCUCCAAGGGCAUGCUCUUGAUUGGUGCGGGCUCCAUCAUCGAGACCGUUUCCUUUGCGAGCGGCAGACAGCCCGAUGCCAUCUGUGGCAAGCCCAACUUGUCGAUGAUGAACUCCAUCAAGGCCGAUUGUCCUGGCUUGAAGGAGAACCCCAAGAGAGGUCUCAUGGUGGGCGACCGGUUGAACACCGACAUGAAGUUUGGCCGCGACGGUGGUCUCGACACGCUUUUGGUGCUUACGGGUAUCGAGAAGGAGGAGGUUGUCAAGGCGCUUCCUUCGGAGACUGCUCCCACUUACUAUGCGGACAAGUUGGGUGACUUUUUUGAGCUCUUGCAGUAG